AUGUCAUCUCCUAUCAAGAUAUCAGAUACAGGAGAAUCAUAUAUCCCCUUGAACGUCCGCUCUCGCCAUGCAGUCAACGAGGAGGUUCACCUACGAUCGACGCCAUGGAAGGAAGAUGAUCUGGAUGAUCUCAUUGAACUGUUUAACCUUCCCAAUGUAGAGAAAUGGGGUAGGAGUCGACCUUCACCAUUCACUCGAUGCGACGCAGAGGACCUCAUACCUGAAAUCCAAUACCACCAUUCCUUCAACCUUUCACCUUCUCUCUCGACAUAUCCCAAAACCCGUGUCAGGUUAUCUCCCUUUGGGGCAGUUCGGACCGACCAAGGUAAAGUGAUUGGUACAAUGGGUCUCAAACCUCCUUCCAAAACCGGAUCUGAAUGGCAAGUCACGUAUAAUGUCCAUGAUGAAUUCGCAGGGAGGGGUAUAGGCAAUGCCAUGGUGGGAGUUGCUAUAGAUUUGGCUAGAUGGCUAGGCAUCCAAAAAUCGACAGCUCAUACGGAAAAAGGUAAUUUCGCUUCCAACCAUGUCCUCCGGAAGAAUGGGUUCGUCAUACAGUCUGAGAUGAUGAUAGAGUGGCCCGAGCAUAGAGGAGGAGGACAGAAGGAGGUGUAUGAGUGGGUUAUAGAACUAUAG